UUUAAUUGAGAUGUAUCUUUCAGAAAUUAUUAUUGAUGGAUUUAAGAGUUAUGCUCAUCGAACGGUGAUUAGUGGAUUAGAUACAUGUUUUAAUGCAAUUACAGGGCCUAAUGGUAGUGGAAAAUCGAAUAUUUUGGAUGCUAUUUGUUUUGUUUUGGGUAUUACGAAUAUGAGUACAGUUCGUGCACAGAAUUUACAAGAUUUAAUAUAUAAACGUGGACAAGCGGGUAUUACGAAGGCCAGUGUUACGGUUAUUUUUGAUAAUUCAGAUUCAAAAAAGAGUCCAAUUGGAUUCGAAGAUCAUCCUCAAAUUACAGUGACACGCCAAAUUAUUAUGGGGGGGAUGAGUAAAUAUCUUAUUAAUGGACAUCGAGCUCAACAACAAACUGUACAGAAUCUUUUUCAUUCCGUUCAACUUAAUAUUAAUAAUCCAAAUUUUUUAAUUAUGCAAGGAAGAAUUACAAAGGUCCUUAAUAUGAAAAGUAUGGAAAUUCUUUCGAUGAUUGAAGAAGCUGCUGGUACACGAAUGUUUGAAGAAAGGAAGGAUAAGGCUAUAAGGACGAUUACUAAAAAGGAUAGAAAAGUUGAAGAAAUUAAUGCUCUUUUGGCAGAAGAAAUUGAGCCAAAACUUGAAAAACUUAGACAAGAAAAAAAGGCGUUCCUUGAAUAUCAACAAAUACAGUCAGAUGUUGAGCGUUUUACAAAAUUAGUUGUUGCAUAUGAUUAUUUAAAAUCUAAUGAUAAAUUAACUGAAUUUGAAAUUGAUUUACAAAAUAAAAACAAUCGAGUAAUAGAUUUAGAAUCUAGCAUAAAAACUAGAAAAUAUGAAGUAACUUCUAUUGAAGAAAAUAUAAAAACAUUAAAAGAAGAAAAAGAAAUUCAGCUUAGAAAAGGUGGAAAUUUUCAAAAAUUAGAAAAUGAUUUUAAAGACUGUUCUCAUGAAUUAGUGAGACUUAAUACUCUUAUUGAGCUUAAGGAAGGAAGUUUAGCUGAAGAAAAAAUUAAAUUGGCUAAAUUGGAAGAAACGUCCAAAGAGCUUCAUAUAUCCUUAGAAGAAAAAAAAAGACAUUUUCAUUCUAUAGAAGAGUUUUAUAAUAAAUUGAAAAUUGAAUUUGACGCUAAAAACGAUGAAAUGAAUAGGAAAGAAGAACUUUUGCAAACACUAUCUACAGGUAUUGCUGCUAGAGAAGGGCAAACAAACAAUUACACAGAUCAGCUACAAGAGGCUAGAAAUAAUUUAAAUAGGGCAAUGACUGAAGAAAAACAAAUUAUAUUAAAGAUGGAUCAUUUUCAAAAACGAAUUAUAGAAAUAGGUCCAAAGGCAAACAAGGCACAAAAAGAGAAUGAAGUUCUUUUAAAUGGCCUUGAAAAAAUGAAACAAGAAUUAAAAGUAAUUGAAGAAAAGAUAUCUGCCUUGGGUUUGCAGAAUAACAUCAAUGACAAUUUUUACAAAGAAAAAAGUGAUUAUGAAACAAAAAUAGCUAGUCUAACUUCUCGUUAUGAAAAUCUUAAAAGGAAUGUUGCAAAUAUUGAUUUUACAUAUUCAAGUCCCUCUCCUGAAUUUGACCAUUUAAAAGUUUUAGGAUUUGUAGCGCAGUUAUUUACUCUUGAUGAGAAAAAUUAUAACGCAUCUAUGGCUUUAGAAGUUUGUGCAGGCGGGCGUCUUUAUAAUGUUGUUGUUGAAGAUGAAAUUGUUGCUGCUCAGCUUCUUCAGCAUGGUCGUUUAAAAAAAAGAGUGACAAUUAUACCUUUAUCAAAAAUAUCAUCUGUGAAGAUUCCUGUUGAAAAGAUUGACAUGGCUCAAAAACGAGCUCCUGGAAAAGUAAAUUUAGCAUUAGAUUUGAUUAAUUAUGGAAAAAAUGUUAAAGCAGCUAUGGAAUAUGUUUUUGGUUCUACUGUUAUUUGUGAAAAUGCUGAGAUUGCAAAACAAAUUACUUUUGAUCCUAAUUUGUCUCUAAAAAGCAUAACUUUAAAUGGAGACAUAUAUGAUCCCUCUGGCACACUUUCUGGGGGUUCAAGUACAUCAUCAAAUGGUGUUUUAGUUCAAUUACAAAAAUUGAAUGAGGUUAAAAAUGAACUAAACUUAUAUAAUAAUAAAUUAUUGGAAAUUAAUACAUUUCUUGAGAAAAAUAAAGAAAGGCUUGAUAAAAUUUCUUCUUUAAAAAAAAAUUAUGAUCUUAAAUCACAUGAAAUUAAAUUAACUGAAAAACAAAUCAGUUUGAAUUCUUCUUCAAAAGUUAUGAAUGAAAUUAAAGAGUUAGAAUCUAAUAUUGAGUUAUGCAAAACUACUUUAGCUGAAGUCAAAUUAAAACAAGAACAAUAUAAAAAAGAUAUUAAAGAAAUUGAAAAAGAUAUGGAAGAAUUCAAAAACAAUAAGGAUUCUAAACUUUUGCAAUUACAGAAAACUUUAGAAAAAUUAAAAUCUGUUGUUGAAAAACAAUCUGAAAAUGUGAAACUUGAAUGCAAAAAAUAUCAAUCUUUGAAAUUAGAAAAAGAACAACUUGAAGGAGAUCUUGUAAUAAUCCAAAAACAAUUAAAGGAAAAUAAUGCAUUAAUUUCUUCUCAAAAUUCAGAAAUAAAUACCUUAAAAUUUGAACAAGCUCAAGCUAAAGAGAAUUAUGAGAAACUUCAGAGAGUUUUAGAAAAUGAACGGGCUAAGUUAACUGGAUAUGAUAAAGAGUUCAAACAUCUUGAAAAUGCUAUGAAAAUAAAAACAAGUUAUAUUUCCGAGGCAAAUCUUGAAUUACAAUCUCUUCGUCAUGAAAUUAAUAGACUUAACAAAGAUAAACAAUCUACUCUUCAAUCAUUAAAUCAGAUGGAGGCUCAGUAUGAAUGGAUAUCAGACGAAAAAGAAAAUUUCGGAAAACCUUCUACAGCUUUUGAUUUUUCUGAUUAUGAUAUAAAAAAAUGUAAGGCUUCAUUAAAUAGUCUUACAGAAAGGUUUCAAGCUUUGAAAAAAAAAAUUAAUCCAAAAGUUAUAAAUAUGAUUGAUGGCGUUGAAAAAAAAGAAAAUGCAUUAAAGACCAUGGUGAAAACAAUUCAUAAAGAUAAGCGUAAAAUUGAAGACACAAUCAAAAGCCUUGAAGAUUAUAAAAUGGAAGCUUUGCAAAGAACAUGGAAAAAAGUCAAUAGUGAUUUUGGCAAAAUUUUUUCAGAUCUUCUUCCAGGAAGUUUUGCAAAAUUAGUACCCUUGGAUAAAAAAACUAUAGCAGAUGGUCUUGAAAUAAAAGUUUGUUUGGGUAAGGUUUGGAAGGAUAGUUUAGCUGAAUUAAGUGGUGGCCAAAGGUCAUUAGUGGCUUUAUCUCUUAUUAUGUCCCUUUUGCAAUUUAAACCUGCUCCAAUGUAUAUAUUAGAUGAGGUCGAUGCUGCACUUGAUUUAAGUCAUACUCAAAACAUUGGACAUCUUAUUAAAACAAAAUUUAAAGGAGCACAAUUCAUUGUUGUAUCAUUAAAAGAUGGUAUGUUUUCGAAUGCAAAUAGAAUUUUUACAACAAAGUUUGUUCAUGGACAUGGAUCAGUUGUAGAAACAAUGUAAUAUUUAUGUCAAACGUUCUAUAAUU